AUGAGGUUGCUUUGGGAUGAUUCUGACAGCGAUUCCGACCUCGAAACAAUAUGCGUUACCGACACACCCAGGUCGGAUGUUGCUGACCCGUCCGAGAUCGACUCUCAUGAGUCUUCCCCGCAGGCAAUCAACAAUGCAGUUGAGAGAGGGACCCUGGCCCUCUCUGAACCGCCUGGAAUAUCUCCGUUUGCGUCGGCGGAGAACUUCGGCAUGGUCGUGGCGCUUGAGCUGCACAACUUCAAGAGUUACCGAGGCACGGUCCGCAUUUGCGAGUUCAAGAAGUUCACCGCCAUCAUCGGGCCCAAUGGGUGCGGCAAGUCUAAUUUGAUGGACGCCAUAUCGUUUGUGUUAUGCGUGAGUUCGACGGUCUUGCGAGGGUUGAAUUCGAAGGAUCUCAUCUACAAGCCUGGCGAUGCCUCCGCCGAGCCUGUUGCAGAGGCGUACGUGGCGCUCACGCUGAAUGGCGCGACUCGCCACGUUGUCUUUAAGCGCCACAUCAGCCAUGCCGGUGCGGUCACCUACUUCGUGGACGCCACAUCGGUCUCGUUCAAGCAGUACAAGGAGAGCCUGCGUGAGUACCGCAUCAACACUCUGGGGUCAACGGGGUUGAUAUUCCAGGGCGCGGUGAACGACAUCGCAUCUCGUUCGCCGGUUGAGUUGACGCGUUUGUUCGAGACCAUAAGUGGCUCCUCCUUGUACGCGAAGCCCUACAGCUACAUCAAGGAGAAGCUCGAGCGCAAACGCGUGGAAUGUCGCGAUUUGGCGUCGCGCAAGCGAACUCUUCAGCAGGAACUGCGCCAGUAUCGCAGCAUGGUGACAAAGGGCAUCGACUACGACGAGGUGUUGUCGCAGUACAAACGCGCUGAAGCGCGCAAGCACGCCUGCGAAUUCCGCCUGCACGAGGUCAAGUUCUCCGCGCACAAGUCGGAGUACCUGCAGCUGUGUCAGCGUGCUGCUGAGUUGAACGAGCGCUGGUCUACGAUGCAGGCGAAGCGAGACGAGCUUGAGAGGCAGCGGGCGGCACUGUACUUCGAGCAGGGGCAGUUGCACAGGACGAUACAGGAUAAGCAACGCGCGGUUCUGUCGAAGAAGGAGUCCAUGAGCGAGUAUUACGAGCAAAAGUCUAGUUUAGAACAGCGGAUUUCCGAGUUCGACUCUUUGCGCCAGUCGAUUGAGAAGGACGUGGACAAUCUGCGGCGUGAGCAUGAGGAGUUGUGCUCGCAGGAGAACCAGCUGUGCGAUGACAUCGACGUUUUAACAGCCGAACUCGAGGGGUUGAGCACCACGUUGUCACUGACUCCAGCGCAACGUCAGAAAUACGAGAGUUUGCUGCAGAGCUUCAACAAGAUAACCUCCUCCCUUCGUGUAAAGCUGAAUAUCGGGCGCGGUAAGCUGACCGCUUUGUCCUCCGACGCGGAUAACAUUCGGGCCGAGCUCGACUUGCUGAACAAGUACCACGCCAAGCUUGUGGAGGCAGCGAAGCCGCACGCCGGCAUGUACGACAGCCUGUGCACGCGUCUUCGUGAGACUCAGGACUCGUUGGAGCUCCUUUCCAUGACGCAGUCGCGGCUGGAGCAUGAGCGUUCGCAGGUGUCCUCACGGCGCGCGGCGCUGCAGGAGGAGAAGACGGCCCUUGACGAGAACCUCAAGACGCUGAACGUCGCGAAGGUGGAGUACCGCCAGAUUCUGCGGCGCAGAAACUACACGCAGGAGCUGGUGUCGGCUAUUCCUGGCGUGCACGGCGAGGUGAUAUCGCUCUGUGAAAUCACGAACGCGUGUUACCACGACGGGAUCAUGGCCGCACUUAAUACGCGCAGCCAUAUGAUCGUGACUGACGAUAUGUCCGCCAUCAAAGCCUGCAUCAAGAAGCUGUGCAGCGACCGCGUUCACAAGCGUGACUUUUUGCCGUUGGACUCUCUCAAGCAGAGCAAGCUGGACCACCGUAAGCGCAUAUCCGACCUGCUUCGCAUGCGUGGCGUUCGCGUGCAGUACACGUUUGCAAUCGACUGCUUGGUUUUCCAGCGGCAGUACGGUUCGCUGUUUGAGCACCUGGUCGGCGACACCGUGGUGGUGCAAAGCCUCGAUGACGCUGAGGUUUUGAUAUCUGCCGACAUGGGCCACUCGAUGAGCUUCAAUGUCGUGACGCAAAAGGGCCAGGUGAUCACCCGCGACAGGACUAUCAUCCUCGAUUCUGCCGUGUAUACCAAAAAAUCGCAUCUCGAACUAGAGCUGGCCGAAUUCGGGCGCCUCACACUGAAGUCCGAGCGCCUUGACCAGGAUAUCCACGUCUUAACGAAGAAACUCACUGGCAUUGAGAAUGAGCUGCAGGACACCAUCGGCCGCAUACAAAAACACCGCAGGGCUGCUGAGCUUCUGAAGAUGAAGGUGGAUUUCGCCCAGCGCCAGAAGCAGGCGUCCGACCAGCAGCUGCGCAACUCGGAAACCAAACUCGGAGCCGUUCGCUUGAGGUUGUCUGCUGCACAGGAUGAAGUGGAUAAGAUGCGCGCCGAGCUUGCGAAGGAUGAAGCGGUUUUGCUGGGGUUGCAGCAGAACCAUUUCGAGGACCUAAACGAGGAGUUGGGCGUUGACGUGUACGGGGUCAUGAACUCUCGUCAGGACUCCGCCGUCCGCGUCGAGUCUUAUCUGGAGCGCAAGCGCGCGCUGCUAACUCGCUGCGAACGUGACAAGGUUGAAAUCGAAAACCGCAUUGAGGACCUGCGUGAAAGCGUUCUGGCCGACGUGGUGGCCCAGCACCAGAGCGCUCUUGCGGAGCUGCAUGCACUCCUGAAAGGCAACCAAUCACUCUAUCGCGAACUCGACGAAUUAGAAAGUGACCUGGGGAAAGACCGCGAGAAGUUCGAUUCCUUAUCACGCGAAAUCGAGAAGUGCCAUGAGCGUAUCAAGUUUGUUCAGUACGACUGCGACUACGGCAUUGACAAUGCAGAUCCCUCGCAGGGGGAUACGACAACUGAUGUCGAUGAUGCUACUGGUGGUGACAUUGUUAUGCUAUCUGAAGAUGACGGAUACGUCGCGGGCCCUCGAGACAACGGCAGGAACGCUACCACCGGACGCGUGGUCCCGCUCAGCGAAUCCAAGGAAGCAGUAGCAGCCCAACUGUUGAGCUUGGUAGGCACGAUGCGCGAUCUACAACGGCAAGCGAUCAAGUUGGUAGAAGAAUGUCGUCUGAGGAAUGUGGAGUGCAAGAUAGAGGUGCCAGAGUCACUGGUCACCACUUCCUCCGAUUUUGUGCCCGACUUCCCCCGGCUGGUCAAUACCGAUUUGAUAGAAGGCGUCGCCAGCAGUGAAAGCGGGCUCGAGGAUUUCAUAAAACGCUUAGAAGACCAAAUGCAUUCACUACGCAAGAGUCUCGGGGCUUCUCGUGCGUGUGACGAUGCCGAAGUGCGCCUGAAACGCACGCAGGUGGACAUCGAUCACCUGGACACCGAAAUGGCCUCUGCCAAGUCGGAAUGCACCAGCCUGGAAUCCGAUUUCGAGCGCAUCAAGAAAGAACGCACGAGUCUGUUCAUGAACUGUUUCCAGAGCGUCAAGGCUCUGGUGGGUCCCAUAUACCGCAGCCUUUCAGCUCGGGACGAUACCGACGAGAUGAGCGGGGGCUCUGCGUUCCUGACGUUAGAUGACGACGUGUCAGGCAGCGUCUCCGAGCCGUUCCUCUGUAGCAUCCGCUACAACACGAUGCCGCCCAUGAAGAAGUUCCUGGAUCUGAGCCUGCAGAGCGGUGGUGAGAGGGCGGUCUCUUCCCUCGCGCUGCUGUUGGCCCUGCACAGCUUCAGGCGCUCUCCGUUCGUGGUCUUUGACGAGAUCGACGCGAACCUGGAUAACGUGAAGGUGCAUAGCCUGGUGUCGUUUUUGCAGCGCAGCGCGUUUCAGGUGAUCAUCAUAUCGCUGAAGGCGCCGCUGUUUUCCCGCGCCGACAUGCUGGUCGGCGUGUACUCACGGCACGAAAGCGCGUCAUCUAACUGCGUCGUGCUGAACCUAGAGGAGUACGGGUGCUCCAGCGAGGGCGAUUCCGCCAUUGCCGCUAAUGGCACUGUAUUGUAG